GCCACAUACCUCGUUAGCGCCUAAUUGUGAUAACUACCGGAGCGUGCAGUGCCGAGCAAAACUCCCAACCCACAAAGGAUUUACUUUAAAGUCGCAACAAACACUCAACAACUUUAUAAGCAUGAAUUCCUCAAGCAUUUGUGUCCUGGCCGUGUGCGCAUUAUUCCUGAUCUCUUCGAUCAACGCCGCCCCCUUGGAUGAUUCCCAACAUGCCACCAUCCUGCGAUAUGACAACGACAACAUCGGCACCGAUGGCUACAACUUUAACUACGAGACGAGCGACGGAAUCACCCGCCAGGAGCAAGCCGAGCUGAAGAACGCCGGCACCGACCAGGAGGCGCUCAGCGUCCGCGGAUCCGUCAGCUGGGUGGCUCCCGACGGACAGACCUACACCCUCCACUACAUCGCCGACGAGAACGGCUUCCAGCCCCAGGGCGACCACCUUCCCCACAAUUAGGAGCGGCCUUUGAGCGCCGACAGUAAUAAUCAGUAUUUGUUCAUUUUGUAAAAUAUAUACUAACCAAUAAAAUGUUUAAAAACUAUUGUAUGUGUA